UUCAUAUCGUGCACAAAUCGUGGUGAAAAUGUGACUUUUUUCCUCUGUCUUCGACUGCGUUGACGCAAGACCAGCCAGUUGCAACCCAUCAGUGCUGAUCUGGCCCUUCAGCCGAAGCCACAUUCCCGUGGCUGUUCAGUCAGUUUUUCCUCCCCGCAACGGGGGUUUGAGUUAAUAAAAUCGUUUCCAUUGUGUUUCUACAGUAACAAGUGGUUCGCCACUUGUUGAGCCACCAUGUCGCCAAAGAGGAAUGCCAUCAUCCUCCUCGCCCUCCUUGUGGCGCUGGUGCGACCGGGCGACGCCUACCUGUCGCCAUCGGUGAAGGAGCACUUCUUCUCCGACGCCCUCCUGCGUGAGCUGGUGGAUCGCAUGGGCAAGGACUUGGCGGAUGCCGCCGAUUCCUACAUCGACCCGCUGCCCGUGAACGACCAGCUGGCCCUCAUGGCGCGCGCCUCGAAGGACCUCGAGGCUGAGCAGAUGGACUACGACGCUCUCCUGGAGGGCAACCCGAGUCCUUCGCUCCGCGACCAGGAGUACCUACAGCACAGCACCCUUUGGGGCCACCAGUACAUGUCCGGUGGCGCCGGCGAAGGACCCCAUCGCGUCAAGCCUCAAGUGAAGACCGAUGCAACCUUGCCGGCAUACUGCAACCCACCCAAUCCGUGCCCUGUGGGCUACACCGAAGACCAAGGUUGCCAGCUGGACUUUGAGAACACGGCUGCCUUCAGCCGUGAAUACCAGGCGGCCCAGGAGUGCAUGUGUGACGGCGAGCAUAUGUUUGACUGCCCAGGACAAGAUCAGGGCGAGCCAAGCCGUCAGAUGGACUCCGAUAUUGAGAGCUUCCUGGCGCAGCAGUUCCACACGCAGGAGCACAAGAACCUGGUGGCGAAGAAGUUUCACAGCAAGAAGUCAUUCAAUCCCUACUUGGAAGGUGAGAAACUUCCCGUUGCCGCCAAGAAGGGCAAUAGAAUGGUUUUCUAAGGCGCUGUCGGUGUGGAUAUGACGAUGAACUUUGGCUAGUCUAAUGGUACAAUCAGCGGUAGAAACCCUUAUUCCACAGAACUAAGACGCAUAAAAACAAUCCACGCAAAUACGGAGCAUAUGGUAACGACUUAUGCAUAUUCACAAUGGACAUAAUGAUGUUUCAAAUACAAACCCAAAAAUAUUAAUGUAGAAAUCAAUGAGUAUAUUUAUGAUAGGACAUAAUGUUACUAAUCUAGAGCAUUGUUUAAUUGUCACACGGCCAAUAUUUGAAGACCUCCUGUAUUAUGUACGUCGAAAAAUUAUUGUCUCUGAAUAAGAUGCAGACUAGAAUGGCCCCAAUUAUGUACACAUUGAUUGCAAGCCAUAUAAAAUAUGUUAUGCACUUAAUGCACAUUAUGACACAUAGUUAUUAAAUGUAAUGUCACCCAAAGUGGAGAAUAGUAAUUUUUCAGAACAAAAUGUGGUGGGAAACAAGAAAAACACAAGGAUUAUUGUCAUAGGUAGUAUUGAUUAAGGAUGGUGGUAAUGUUUGAACGGUAGAAUGAAUGAGGGAUGAGUAUUAAGAAUAAGAAUUUGCUUUAUUGUUGUUUAGACCCAAAAAAAAGACACACACAAAACUUUUUAAAAUUUGAGAAACCAUACAAGGCAUAACGUUUAAGAUUAUAUGUAAUUCGCUUUAAUAACUUGUGAAGUUGACAUGUUACUGAAUUUAAUGUAUUUUAACGCACUUAUAUAUGUGUCUAACCGCAAAGCAGAUGCAACAUGACGUAAUUUAUGUGGAUGUUGAAAUGACAACUGUACUAAUGGAAGACAUUUCUAAGAACAUCAAAGUCUCUAAUCAAUGAGUAAUAUAUCUAUGUGUAGUUGUAGGAAUAUUUCCUUGACAGGCCGGGCUUGCUCCGCCUGCAAGAUAUACUGAACGUAGGUUUAAUCAACAUAUCAAGUAAAUGCUGAUCAACAUUUUGAUUGUAUCUUUUUAGAAUAAAAUAUUUUCCACACACACACGACUUUAAAAAGAAACCCAAGAAGACAAAAGGAAAAAUACCUAACAAAAAACAAUCAUUGCUAUACAAACUUUUUGAGUCAAUGACAUCAACAACAUCAAGCAAUGUCAUUGAGUACCGGUUAAAAUAACACAUUUCCUAGAUGAGAAACUUAUUACUAAGAAAAAAAAAAUAACAACUAUGAAUGUAUUGAGAAGAAAGGAUUAUUCAAUAUUUGAGAAUAAAUAAUUAAAAAUAAUCUCUAACAUAUGAUAAAAAUUAUAUUAAUAUCAUAUAAUGCUUAAAUAUUACUUACGAUGAGGCAUUUAUUUUAUAUGAAAUAUUCCCAAAAAAAAUGAUGAAAUAUUGUGUAAUAAAUUUCAGGUACUUAGGCGUAAAGCUGCAAAAUUUUCAACAGAGAAAGUAAAAAAGAGUAAAAUUAACGUGUAAGUGGUAGGGAAGUUCUGAGAAAUAUAGGAAAAAAAACUAUAAAUAUCGAAUAAGAUUGGAAAGUGAAAGCCACAAUGCCAGCAUUGUACUUGGAUUGCUAAGAACAACAGGCUAAUGAUUAAGAAUUUUCAUAAAUUAAGAGGCAUGUGGCUCAGCACUCAAUUGGAAAGUUAAACAAUCCAAUUGAGGAGACACUAGAGAAGUAUUGUCAUUUGUGGUAUUUAUGUAAAUCUUAUGAUGAUGGGUAGUCGAAGCAUAGAGCAAGAAUAGAUCUUAAGGCAAUUCAUAUAAUUGUGACAAUAGCGUAGAAACAAUUUUUGCUGGAAUUUAGAGGUGACACACCAAGAAAUUCCAGCAUCAAGCGUGUGUUGGUGUAGAGAUGAUAAGUCAUACACAGCAACUACUGUAAUCAAGUUUAAGACAUAUAGGCUUACACAACAUAGAAUAAUGAAAAACUCACCCAAAAUUUUCCCAUGCGUAGAAGAGAGAAAGGAAGAAAAGCACACGAGUCGAACCAAAAAAAGAUAGGAACCAUGGUAACACUAUUUCAGAGGAAAGAUCAACGCAAGAAUUUUAGGAUAUGCAAAAGAAAAGAAUUCUAUAUUAUAUAAUCUCCAAUAUAUUUUCAUGUUAAACUUAUUCCCUUAAGAAUAAUGUAUAAUCUAAUUAUUAUUGAUAGAAUAUAUAUUCCUAAUCUGCA